GGAAGCGCGUCCAGCGGUGAUCGCGGAUCCUUUCCUGCCCGGGUCUCUAGGGGAGCGGAGGAGAGGAGAGAAAGAGAGCCGCCUCAUUCUUAUUGAGAGCCAGACCCUCUCAUGGCCAUGGCUUCAUCUCCCGGGACCCCAGUUCUUUGUAGUGGAGGAUCAACAGCGGCUGAGCUUCCAACGCAGGAUUUGGUAUCAUUUGAGGAUGUAGCUGUGUUUUUCUCCGUGGAGGAAUGGGCUCUGCUGGAUUCUGAGCAAAAAGCCCUGUACCGAGAGGUCAUGCUGGAAAACAAGAGGAACAUUGCCUCAUUAGGUGACGGAUGGCAGAUGGAGGAUUCUGGCCAAGGAGCAGUUGUACCUUUACCAAAAGACAAAACAGAAGCUACAGAAAAGAUGUAUGGAAAGCAAAGUUCUGAGCAAAACCAGUUAACGGGGGAGCUGGAGAAUUGCACUAGUUUACCUUGCCCAGAAACCAAUGUCUUACUGGACACUGAUGAUUGCCAUGAAAAAGAAGUGUGUUCAAGGUGUGGGAAGAUACACUGUGAUGAAUCUGGAAGAUGUGACUGUUGCCAAAGCCCUGCUGGAGAGAAACAAGAUGAAAGCAGGCAACACUCCAGAAGGAACCUUCCUCCUCCCUUACAUGAAAGAAUACAAGAAGGAGGGAAACCAUACAAAUGUACAGAGUGUACAGAAAUGUUCAGUACAAGCCGCUCUCUUGCUUUGCAUAAGAAGAUUCACAAAGCAGAGGAUCUACACAAAUGUCUCGAUUGUGGAAGGACCUUCAGUCAGAAAUGUGAUCUUACUUCACAUAAGAGGAUCCACGAAGAGACGAAGCAACAUCUGUACAUUAAUAGGGAAAACAGUUUCAGAAGCAGCGCCUCCCUUACUUCACAUCAAAGCCUCCACAGAGAGGAGAGGUUGGAUCAACUCAGGGAGGGUAGAACGAGGAUUACCCACAGCAAGGGACUGAAUUCCCAGGAGAAAAGUCCCAGUGGGAAGAAAUCAUAUAAAUGCCUAGAAUGUGGGAAGAGCUUCUGCUCUGCAAGGGACCUCACUCACCAUAAUAGGAUCCAUACAGGGGAAGAGCCAUAUCAUUGCACGGUGUGUGGAAAGAGUUUCACACGCAGAGGGUAUUUCAAUUCACAUAAGAGGAUCCACACUGGAGAGAAGCCAUAUAAAUGCACAGAGUGUGGAAAAUGCUUUACGACCUCUAAUGUCCUUUCUUCCCAUAGGAGGAUCCACACAGGGGACAAACCCUAUAAAUGCUUGGAGUGUGGAAAAAGUUUCAGCAGAAGCAGCAAUUUAAGCUUGCAUAAUAGGAUCCACACAGGGGAAAAGCCAUAUGUUUGCACGGUGUGUGGAAAGAGCUUCGCACGCAGAGGGUAUUUCAAUUCACAUAAGAGUAUCCACACUGGAGAGAGGCCGUAUAAAUGCAAAGAGUGUGGAAAAUGCUUCAGACUCCCCAAUGCCCUUACUUCCCAUAAGAGGAUCCACACAGGGGAGAAACCCUAUGAAUGCUUGGAGUGUGGAAAUAGCUUUAGCAGAAGAGGUGCUCUAACUGUACAUAAUAGGCUGCAUAAAGGGGAGAAACCUUAUAAAUGCCUUCACUGUGGAAAGAACUUCAGUGAAAAGGGUCAUCUUAAGUCACACGAGAGGAUCCACACGGGGGAAAAACCAUUUCAAUGCAUGGAGUGUGGAAAGAGCUUCCGUUGCUCUUCAAUCCUUACUUCCCAUCACAGAAUCCACACAGGGGAGAAGCCCUUUCAAUGUCUGCAGUGUGGAAAGCGCUUUGCCCAUUCUGGUGGCCUUCAUGUCCAUGAACAGAGCCACACAGGGGAGGAACCAUACAAAUGCCUGGAGUGCGGAAAGAGCUUUCGUAGAUCCAGCCACCUAACUUACCACAGAAAUAUACAUACUGGAGAGAAACCAUAUCAAUGCACCAAGUGUGGGAAGAGCUUCAGUAAUUCACGUAGUCUUACUCUCCAUAAAAGGAUCCACACAGGUGAAAAGCCUUGUAAGUGCACUGAAUGUGACAAAUGUUUCACCUAUUCAGGGCAUCUCUCUCGCCACAAAAUGCUCCACACUGGGGAGAAACCAUUUGAAUGCCGUAUGUGUGGAAGGAGUUUCAAAACAAAAUAUAGCUGUAUCAAACAUAGCAGGACCCACACUGGGGAGAAACCAUAUCAGUGCCAGGAGUGUGGAAAACGCUUCAGUGAUUCUGGAGCACUGACGAUCCACAAGAGGAUUCACACAGGGGAGAAACCGUAUAAAUGCACGGAGUGUGGCAUGAGUUUCAGAAGAGGUGAUUGCUUUGGUAUCCACAAGAGGACACACACUGGGGAGAAACCGUAUACAUGUCAUGAGUGCGGAAAAAGCUUUAGACGUAAUGAUUCACUCAGGAUGCAUAAAAGGCUCCACUCAGGGGAGAAACCCUAUAAAUGCCUGGAGUGUGGAAAAUGUUAUAAUGAUGGUAGUAGUCUUACCUCCCACAAUAGGAUCCACACAGGAGAGAAACCGUUUAAAUGCAUUGAGUGUGGAAAGAGUUUCAAAGAUGGCAGGAAUCUUAUCCUGCAUAAAAGAAUCCACACAGGGGAGAAGCCUGAUUAGUGUGUGGAGUGUGGAAAAAAAAUGGAGAACCGGGAGUAACUUUAAUCAACAAAAGACACACAGCAGGAAAAAAUUAUGUGAAUUGGUUUGUGUUGAUUCUCAAAAUUUGCUUCAUGUCCACAGACGUUUUGCAGGAGAAUUCUGGAGAAAUGCAUGGAGUGUAGGAAGGACUUCCGAAGCAGCAGAAACAUCUUGAUCCAUUAAAAAGAAGAGUUCCUUUGUAGAACUAGGAAUUAACUUUUGUUUAUUUGAUCUCUGCUAGAGUAGAGUAGAAUAAGAUUAGAAGCAAUAAGAAUAGAAAUGGAAUAGAAUAUAGAAAUGGGGAUGGGCAGGAAAUUCUCAUUGGCCAAGUGAGAUUGGUCAUACAAGGCAUGUGUCUCCAAUGCAUAUGUUCUCAAGUGUACAUAACAUACAACAAAUGAUCAACUUUUGUCAAUGCAAAGAGCAAAGGGAGGGAGGGAUUUGGGAACUAACACAUCUGGAUGUCUAUGGAGAUUCUCAGUCAUCCAGGCUGUGGUUCUCCCAAAGGUGCUUUUAUCAAAAGGCAACUGGAC